CCAAAAUGACGCGCUUCCGCCCCUGCAUCGACCUCCAUGCCGGCCAAGUCAAGCAAAUUGUCGGCGGCACGCUCGACAGCGCGACCUCGGAACUCAAGACCAACUUUGUGUCUCCCCACCCCCCUGCUUACUUUGCCAAGCUGUACCGCGACAAUGAGUUGUCGGGAGCGCACGUCAUCAUGUUGGGGCCGGGGAACAAGGAGGCGGCCUUGGAGUCGCUGAAGGCUUGGCCAGGCGGCUUGCAGGUCGGAGGCGGGAUCACGGAUGCGAAUGCGAGGGAGUGGGUGGAGGCGGGCGCUGAGAAGGUCAUCAUCACCUCCUACCUCUUCCCCAACGGCAAAUUCUCCCAGUCCCACCUCGACGCCGUCCUUGCCGCCCUUGACGGUGACAAGAGCAAGCUGGUCAUCGACCUGAGCUGUCGCCGCCAGGGAGACAACAGGUGGUUUGUUGCCAUGAACAAGUGGCAGACUAUUACUGACAUGGAAGUGAGCGAGGAAUCCAUCAAGGCAUUGGAACCUUACUGCUCUGAAUUUCUCAUCCACGCCGCCGAUAACGAAGGGUUGCAAAAAGGCAUUGACGAGAAGCUCGUCCAGCGGCUGUCCGAGUGGUGUUCCAUCCCCGUUACUUAUGCCGGUGGCGGUCGCAACCUGGAGGACCUGGAGACCGUCAAGAGACUGAGCGGUGGCAAGGUUGACCUGACUAUCGGCAGCGCGCUGGAUUGCUUUGGUGGAAAGGGUGUCACGUUGCAGGAAUGCGUGGAAUGGAAUCGCAGGCAAUGAGUAGUGCGUUUGCAUAAGAUGAUGUGCGUGGAAAAACGAAACCAAAAGGGGGGUGAGUGCUGUGUAUAAAGAGGUAGUCGUAUACCCUCGAGUGUAUUCGGGUCUAAAUACCUAUGACCUCAGAUGCCUUGCUCUGCCCCAAAACGCGGAAUGGAACGACGAUGCAACAUCGGCUGAUUCACACCAGUCUUUACGAGCACGUUUACUGAGACCGUUUCUUGAUUUGGGCAGCAUCAGCAGCAUCGGAGACUCGGUGUACGAAGACUGCUAGGAAGGGAAACAGUAAAUAGCUGUGGGUGUCAGAGGUGACGUUGAAAACAUCAAUAAACAAGCAACAAGAUAAUAUUAGUCUAUCCGCAACAACUAAUGCAGGG